AUGUUGGGAAUGGCAGAAGUGCGGAGGAGACAAGGAGGCAGACCAUUAGCUCCUCCUGCUAGAGGUCUUCCUCCUCCUCCUCCGCCUAUUGAUCGGGAGAAGACGUGCCCUUUAUUGCUUCGGGUUUUUACCAAGAUUGGAGAACACCAUAGUAAGGAGGAUUUUGCAGUGAGAGGCAAGGAGCCGAAAGACGAGGUUCAAAUUUAUACUUGGAAGGAUGCUACUCUUCGCGAGUUAACUGAUCUGGAGCAAAAGCACUCCCGAGCAUGGGAUGAGGCUGAGCUAAGAAUUUUAGUUUUGAGGGGGGUCAAAGAGGUGACGCCAGCAGCUAGGAGAAGAGAUGCAAGACUGUCCUUUGCUUUUGUAUAUCCUGAUAAAAAUGGCCGUUUUGUUGUACGAGAGGUGGGCAAGACCUAUUCUCAUAGAAAUGGGAAAUUAGAUGACAACAAAGCAUUGGCUCAGCUAGGCUUCCAGAAAGGGAUGGGUAGUCAGCUGAUCGUAUCCGAAGAGUUUCAACAUGUUUGGCUGGACAGGCUGAUAUUUAUUGUAACUUGGAGAAUACUUGAUGGAAUUUGCGCUCUACAUUACAUGUACAUCAUAUUCCAUGAUGUUUCUUCGAGCAUUAUCUUAGUGGCGGCAAUGGCGUUGAAGCGGGGAUUAUCAAGUUCCGACGCGAACAAGAACCGAAGCGGUGUUGGAUCUAGAUUGCCGAUUAUAGUCGUGAUUUUCUUCUGCGUUUUGUCGCCGUUGAUUUUCUUUGUUGGUCGAGGACGCUAUGUAACAAGCUCUUCUACUGAUCAAAAUAAUAAUGCAGUCGGUUCUGGUAAUCAGCAAUUGAAUUGGAGAGAACGGCUGGCCUUGCAACAUGUGAAACCUUUUUUCUCAAAAGAGGUCAUUGAUGUUAUUGCAUCCAGCACAGCUGAUUUGGGGCCUUUGAGUCUUGAUUCUUUUAGAAAAAACAAUUUGUCUGCCUCAUGGGAAGUUAUUGGCAUAGAGACUUCAGUUGAGGAUAAUGCUACUUCUGAGCCAAACCAAACUACUACGUCCGUCAAGCAGGAAGCACCUAAGGGAAAAGAUGACAACAUUUCUGAUGAUAAUUCUCAAUCUGGUUCCACACCUGCAAAACUAGCUCGAAGGCAAUUGAGGGAGAAAAGACGUGAAAAGCGUGUUGCGGAGUUACUGCACCAUGAUGAUGAAGCAACUGCAAGACUUGAAAAUGCAGCCAUUGAGCGUUCUAAAUUAGUUGACGGUGCUGUUUUGGGCAAAUACAGUAUAUGGAGGAAAGAAAUGGAGAAUGAGAACUCUGAUUCGACAGUGCGUUUAAUGAGAGAUCAGAUGAUAAUGGCAAGGGUGUAUUUGAGUAUUGCGAAGAUGAAACACAAGCUUGACUUGCUAAAGGAACUCCAGACUCGGCUCAAAGAGAGUCAGCGUGCCCUAGGAGAGUCGUCGGCUGAUUCUGAUCUACAUCCGAGCGCACCUGGAAAGAUGAAAGCUAUGGGCCAAGUUCUGUCAAAAGCAAGAGAACAAUUGUAUGACUGCAAGUUGGUUACUGGAAAGCUCAGAGCAAUGCUUCAAACAGCAGAUGAACAAGUUAGGAGCUUGAAAAAACAGAGCACAUUCCUGAGUCAGUUGGCUGCUAAAACAGUUCCAAAUGGAAUCCAUUGCUUGUCUAUGCGCCUAACAAUUGAUUACUAUCUACUUCCUCUUGAGAAGAGAAAGUUUCCUAGAAGUGAAAAUUUGGAAAAUCCAAAUCUUUACCAUUAUGCCCUCUUCUCUGACAAUGUCUUGGCUGCAUCAGUUGUUGUCAACUCAACCAUUGUUAAUGCCAAGGAUUCUUCCAAACAUGUCUUUCAUCUUGUUACUGAUAAACUUAACUUCGGAGCGAUGAAUAUGUGGUUUCUACUGAACCCUCCGGGAAAAGCUACCAUCCAUGUUGAAAAUGUGGAUGAAUUCAAGUGGCUCAAUUCAUCCUACUGCCCUGUUCUGCGUCAGCUUGAAUCUGCUGCAAUGAAAGAGUACUACUUCAAAGCAAAUCAUCCAACUUCUCUCUCAUCUGGCUCUUCAAAUCUGAAGUAUCGGAACCCUAAGUAUCUUUCAAUGCUUAACCACUUGAGGUUCUAUCUCCCACAGGUCUAUCCCAAGUUGGAUAAGAUCCUGUUUCUUGAUGAUGACAUUGUUGUGCAGAAAGAUUUAGCUAAAUUGUGGUCAGUGGAUCUACAUGGAAAAGUGAAUGGGGCAGUGGAAACCUGUGGUGAAAGUUUUCACCGGUUUGAUAAGUACCUUAACUUUUCAAAUCCCCAUAUUGCCAGACACUUUGAUCCAAAUGCUUGUGGGUGGGCAUAUGGGAUGAAUAUGUUUGAUCUCAAGGUGUGGAAAAAGAAGGAUAUUACUGGAAUAUACCACAAGUGGCAAAACAUGAAUGAAGAUAGGGUACUAUGGAAGCUUGGGACAUUGCCUCCAGGGCUGAUUACAUUUUAUAAUCUGACACAUCCUCUUGAGAAGUCAUGGCAUGUGCUCGGGUUGGGUUAUAAUCCAAGCAUUGAUAGGUCAGAAAUUGAAAAUGCAGCUGUUGUCCACUAUAACGGUAACAUGAAGCCAUGGCUGGAGUUAGCAAUGACUAAAUAUCGACCAUAUUGGACCAAGUACAUCAAGUAUGAUCAUCCAUACCUUCGAAAUUGCAACCUAAGUGAGUGA